AUGUUCCUGUCACCGCAACAGCGCAAAAUCGACGAUGUUCUCUUUAACCUUGAGCAAGCUUUACGCUCUACCGAUGAUGUCAAGCAGCCUCCGGCCAAGAAGAUGCGGUUUCCGGGCUCCUUGUACUCAACUCUUGCCAAGUAUGGCAUCAAAACCAAGUCCAAGUUCGCCUCUGAUUCGAAGCCUGGCGAAAUCCCAAUAAUAAAAAGUUCGGCACCGCACCUUUCUGCAAUCUUGUCUCGUGCUGCGACUAGAAAGGAGAAGGCGGCUCAACGCGAGGAGGUAGCACGAGCCUCAGUCGCGAGUCCGAGCACCGCGAUCUCCCAACCCGCUCCAGUUGAAUACCGGCCCUCAUCGACCGCAUCCUUCCUGUCGCGUCUUUCGACUUACAAACUUUCAACAUAUUCUACCAAGCCACCUCCAAUAGAUGCUGUUGUAGCAGCCAAGGCUGGCUGGAUAAACCAGGGAAAGGAAAGACUUGUAUGUGGAAUAUGCAAGGCAUCCUGGGUCCUUGCUACUCGUGACGGUCUGUCGAAGGAUGCCGCCAAUGCAUUAAUUGAGAAACAGCGAGUAUCGCUAGUACAGAUGCAUAGAGAAGGAUGCCCCUGGAGAACACGGCAAUGUGAUGAUUCGAUUUACUGCAUCCCCUUAAAGUCUCCCUCCGUAUUGUCAAAGGAAAUAAAGUCGAGUGCGAUGGAACUCGACAGCAAAAAGGUUCUUGAGGGCGUUGAAAUUCGCCAUCCCUUGACAUCCAGCCAGGUCCAGGCGUUAUUAUCAGCAUUAUCGUCUGUCAAGCUUCCUCAACCCUCGGAUGCAGAAGGAGACGAGGUACUCUCUGAGGAUCGAGCAAUACAAGAAGCUGUAACUACCCUGGCGGAACCUUCCCAGGACGCGAUUUUGACGGCUGUCUUUGGAUGGUCACUAGCCCCGCCCACUCUGGAUUCUCGUCCAAGAACAUCAAGUGCAGCUGGUACAAGCUCUGUAUCACAUACGCCGGAGCUGUCCAGUAUAACUCGUCAGCCAUCUCAAAAUGAUUCUUCCAUCAGCGAAGCAGGUACAUCAAGGCCUUCUCGCAUCCCGGUUCCCCGUUCUUCUGCGACUACGGCGAGAUUACAACGUCAAGAGGUAGCAAGAAAACGAGAUGAGACUUUGAUCCACUGUGAACUUUGCCGGAGGCGUGUCGGAUUAUGGGCUUUUAAGAAUAUUGACGAAUCUGCUGCAGAGUCUGGUGCAUCCGUGAACGCAACGUCCUCCUCCGACUCUGCUCCUCGGACUCGGUCCAGUACAGCUGCGAAUGGUCCUUCACGCUUACCAGUCCGCCGAGUUUCCCAAGGACCAAUGCCGAAAAGGCAAUUCGAUCUACUAAAAGAACAUCGCCCCUUCUGUCCAUACGUCGUGCGUUCAACAGUCGUGCCAUCCCUAUCGUCGCUAGGGAUCUCGACGUCACCUACACGAAGCGCAUCCGCAAGCCACGUCAUUCCAUCUUCCCGACCGAGUGCAUGCCGCUCAAGCUCGGCUUCAUCCUUCAAUUUCAACUUUUCGACGACGCGCUACGCAACGCAUCAUACGCAUCAUCCAGAAAUCGGAUCAAAUGGUACACUUAAUGACCCAGCUGCUGUUGAAGGCUGGCGUGCGGUUUUGACAAUGGUUAUGCGGACGGGACUUGGUCGGCGUCAACGACAACAAUUACAUAUGCGUUCUGUGUCCAGUCCGUUGGCAGGUGAACACGGAACUUUGACGACCUCUCCAGCGACUGCUAGUGGAGAGAAUGAACGGGACGGGGAUGCUAUGGAGAUUGAUAGCAUACGUGCGACGGUUGAAGAUGUGAAGAAGCGUGGGGGAAGAGAUUUGCUGCGUUAUAUAAAAACCUUAUUUGCAUGAGUAUAUCGUUUAUAAAGUUUCUCCUAGGGGCACAUGAAAUAUUCUGGGUUCUAUGGUAUGAUUUAGGCAUUCACGGACUUGUAGAAAUAUGAUCUCCAAUUCUCCAAUAUACAAC